AUGUGGUGGAGUGCGACUUUGCAGCUCCUUACUUUCUGUCUCUCGCUCGCCCCUGCGGCUCGGGCUGCGAGCUCAGAUGAUCUGUCUGUGCAGGUUGGACACCAUGUUAUUUUCUCUUAUCCAGGCCUCAAUCCGCCCGCCAAUCUCUUCGAUUUGAUCAGACAGGGCAAGGUGGGUGGCAUCAUCCUCUUCGGCGAAAAUGUCGCAGACAAUCUCAGCACGAUUAUCAGUGACUUCCAGAAUACCUAUAAGCAAAGCAGCGCAUAUUCAGGCAGCCCACUGUUGAUUAUGACUGAUCAGGAGGGAGGCCAAGUCCGUCGACUACCCGGCGGGCCUGUCCAGAGCGCCAAACAAGUUGGCGAGAUGACCAACCCCGGCGAGACCGCGACGCAGAGUGGCAAGGAUGCGGCUAGUGCUCUGCAAGCCUACCAGGUCAACACCAACCUUGCCCCGGUCCUCGGCGUGUACCGUGAAGCGGGCGAUUUCCUGGACAAUUAUGGUCGCUCCUACGGAAACACCUCGGCUCGGGUCGCAACAUGCGCACCCGCCUUCAUCAGAGCCCAGCAAGCGGCCAGAAUCGUCGCAACAGCGAAGCACUUUCCUGGACUGGGAGCAGCCGGAAAGAACGAGAAUACAGACGAGGAGCCCGUCACGAUCAACCUGACACUGGAUGAACUCCGGUCCGUCGACGAAAUCCCAUACACAGGGGCUAUUUCCGCUGGGGUCGACAUGGUCAUGAACUCCUGGGCAGUUUAUCCCGCCUUGGAUUCCAAGUACCCAUCCGGACUUAGCAAGGCCUGGAUUCAAGAUGAGCUGCGCGGGCGACUUGGGUUCAAGGGCGUAACGAUCACCGACGCAAUCGAGGCCGGGGGACUUCGGGCAUUUGGCGAUGAUUCGGCCCGCGGAGUCCUGGCUAGCCAGGCUGGCAUGGAUAUUAUUCUUGCGUCGGCUCGAAAUGUCACUCAGGGAGAGGUGAUCGUCGAUGCGCUGGUGUCGGCCUUGCAGGAUGAAUCGCUGUCGCAGCAUUCUUUCUCUGAGGCCACCGAACGCAUCUUAGAUCUUCGAAGGAGAAUUACCUUAUGA